AUGGAUGGAGUAGAAAAUGAGGAAAAAUUUGCCGAUAACUUAAAAAGUAUUCGGGAGAAACUGGGAGUUGAACCACUGCCGGUUCAGUUUCCGAUUGGUGCUGGUCGAGAAUUAAAAGGAAUAGUAGAUAUAAUUGAGCAAAAAGCUUAUUAUUAUUCUCAAUUAGGUAAUAAGGAAAAAGCCAAGGAAGAGGAGUAUCAAAUAAAAGGAAUUCCUUCCCAAUUAGUAGCAAGAACUAAAAAAUAUCGACAUGAAUUAGUAGAAAAAAUAGGAAAAGUAAUUGAACAAAAUGAGGAACUGCUUCUAAAACAUUUGGAGGGACAAGAAUUAUCGGCUGAGGAGAUCAAAAAAUUGCUGCGUCAAGCCACUUUAACCGGUGAAUAUUUUCCAGUAUUUUGUGGUUCGGCUUAUAAACAUGUAGGAGUGAAAUUGCUUUUAGAUGGAGUGAUAAAUUAUUUACCUUCCCCAUUGGAUGUAGGCGAAAUACCUACUUUCUCGCUCCUAGACAGAACUAAAGUAGGCUCAGUUAACUGUAAUAGUCCCCUACCUUAUUUAGCUCUGGUUUUUAAAAUUGUAUUCGAUGACCGCAAUCAGAGAGUAACGUUUAUUCGAGUUUAUGCAGGAAAGAUUUCAGCCGGCUCGCAAAUCUAUAAUGUUAAUCAAGGAAAAGAAGAAAGGGUAAGGAGCCUGGUUCGAAUGCACGCUGACAAUAAAGAAAAAAUUGGCGAGGUAGGUGCGGGUGAUAUUGCAGCCAUAAUCGGUUUAGAAUAUGCUAUUACCGGUGAUACCUUUGGGGAUAAAAAGAAUUCUUUACUACUAGAGACCAUUGAUUUUGCUGAGCCAGUGAUUUCCCAAGCCAUUGAACCAAGAACUAACAAAGACAAGGAUAAAUUAAGAGAUGCCUUAGAAAAUUUAAAAAUUCAAGACCCCAGUUUUAAAUAUCGAAUGGAUCGCGAGACUGGGCAAAUGAUUAUUGCUGGGAUGGGAGAACUUCAUUUAGAAGUUUCGGUAGAAAGAUUACGAAAAGAAUAUAAGUUAGAUCUGGAAAUUACGCUUGAACCUAACGAAAAAGGUAAAGGUUUUGAAUUUAUAGAUGCCAAAAAAGGUCAAGAUAUGUCGAAUAAAGAUGCAGAAGAAGUGAAAGAAGGAUUACAGGAAGUUGUCUCUUCCGGUUUACUUUUAAAUUAUCCUCUAUUGGAUGUAAAAGCUACUUUAUUAGGGGGUAAAAGACACGAAGUAGAUACUCAACCAGGAGAUUUCAAAAGUGCCGCAGUUUUAGCUUUCCGAGGUGAUGGAGUAGCCGAAAAGGAAAAAAGGAUUCAAGAAUUAGGAGUAAUUUUAUUAGAACCAGUUAUGCAAAUAGAAGUAGUAGUUCCCAAAGAUUAUAUGGGAGAUAUUUUGGCUGACCUUGGUUCACGUCGCACGGUAAUUGAAAAUACUGAGGAAAAAGAAGGAAGUGCUUAUAUCAGUGGCAAAACUCCAUUAAAGGAAAUUCUUAGUUAUUCAACUACUUUGCGGCAAUUGACUAAGGGUCGAGGAGAAUAUUCGAUGCAUUUAUCCCGUUACCAAGAAGUUCCGAAAAAAAAAUAUCAAUCAAGGUUAAAAGAGCAUGCUGAAGCCGAUUUAUUGGAAAACGAGGAGCAAAGAGUAAAAAUGAUUCAGUUCAUGAGUAAUGAGGAUUAUUCUCUCAUUGACACCACUGCUCAUUUUUAUGAAGAAGUAAAAAAACUAGUAGGUGAAGAAAAAGGCAGUCAUAAAAAGAAGAAAGAGAUUCCGCUAGUAAAUGAAUAUCCUUUCCUAAUUGAGGAUUUAUGUGGUCGAGUUGAAGCGGCUCAAAAAAAAUUAGAGCAGUUCGAACAAAAUAAUAACGAUAAUAAUGAACAACAAAAACAAGUAUUACAAAUUAAAAACCAGGAAUUAGAACAGCAAUUAGCCAAUCAAUCAUUAAGCGAAGCCGAAAAACAACUUAAAAAACAAGAGUUAGCCGUUAAUCGUAAAUUAUUGGCAGAAAAAGAGCAGGAACUAGCCAAAUUACGGAAACAAAAACCAACAAAUCCUACUAAUACCGAAACCGGUAAUAAUAAACUAAAUUGA